AUGGAUGAUCCUUAUGCGGUGCUUCGGAUCCCAGCCUUCACAGUGCGGAAGGAGUCGGACCUUCCAAAGCUGAAGCAGCGGGCGACCAACCUGGUGAGGCAAUAUGAGAAGGUGAACAAAUUUGACAAGGCCAGGGAGGUGGAGAAGGCAUACCGCCAGGUGAAGGAGAUGGUGGUGAAAAGGGCCAACUGCGCCGGGUCAAAGGCCUUCAACAAGGUUAUGGUGAAUCGCCCUGAGAAGCCAAAGGCUGAGCCCAAGCCGAAGGCUGUAAACCCUGCGGAGGCCCAUUUUCUGAAGGCUCAGGGCUCCGCAAAGGCACCUCCGGCACCUCCGGUCGCUCCCCGCAAGAGCCGAGAGGAGCGGCUCAAAGAGAAGCUAGAGGCGCGGCGUGCGGCCGCCAGCGAGAAGGACAAGCGGGCCGCCGCCAUCCGCGAGAAGCUCGCGGCCAAGCGCGCCCGGAAAGGAACAGAGGAGGGAGCAGCUGCGGGCGCCGAGGCCGGCGCCGAGGCCGGCGAGGCGGGCCAAGGGGCCUCGCCCCUAGAGUUUGCAGCCUCCCCGGAGGAGUCUUUGGCGUCUCCCCCGGAGAACAUGGCCAGUCCGGACAGUGAGGCGGCGAGCGCUCAUGGCCCUACUGACAAUGGCAGCGGAGAGGAGGAUGCCGACAACGGUGAGCCCGCUGCAGACGUGGACUAUUUCUAG